AUGACUGCGUUAAAAAACGGUGUUGGCGCAUCCGCAGAUCAAAAGGCAAGAUUUUUCCUUGUAAUUAUGCGACUGAAUUUAAAGUUCUUGCUGAUAAGUCUCUGCGUGACGGUUGCACUGAUAACGUUCGCUCUGUGGGCGAACUGUGGCGUUGGACAUGGGCUUGUACCGAAGUGGCCCCAGCAUCAUGGCGAUGGUGAUAAUCCGUUCGAACAGACGGAAGAAAUCGACUGCAUCAUCAACCAGGAGUAUGCUAUCGGGUGCCGGAAGGAGGGCGAGGAGGUGUACCUUCCGUUUUCCUUCCUGCAAAAGUACUUCGAUGUGUACGGUUCGCUAAACGUGGUGGACGGUAGUCGGCGGUUCGAUUGGACGCACAGCUACGGGAAGGUAAACUACCCGAAGGGAGCGUAUGAUCCGCGCGGUAUCUUCAUGUACUUCGAAAACUACAACGUAGAAAUGCGUGAUCGCGUCAAAUGCAUCAGUGCGAUCGAUGGUGUACCGAUAUCGACACAGUGGGAAAGCCAGGGCUAUUUUUACGCCACCCAGAUCGCGCAGUUCGGACUAUCGCAUUAUAGUAAAAAUUUAACUGAACCGGAACCGCGCCGUAAAACUGUGGAGGAUGGUGACCGUGAGAUGGCGACCUGGGUGGUACCGAAGGGUAGCUCGAUGAAUCGUACGAUCGAUCGGUUUCGACCGGUGGCCGGUGCAGUGUUGAGCUUUUCCACCGGCAAAUCUUUCGAUACGGCUGUGGUGCUGCCGAUGGAUCACGUGCUGGACUUGGUGCUGAGUAUCGAUGUGCUGCUGAAGCCCAAUUCCACGAUAUGUGUCACGCUACAGAACCGGGAAACGCAGAAGCUGUACCACGUGUACUACAUACUGGCGGAUCUGCUGAUCGGCGUGCAGGAUGAGAACAUUUACUACGGCAUCGGUCUAAACAGUACCGGUGCGUGGAAACAUCUGACGCGCGAUUUGUUUGUCGAUCUGCAGAAGGGACUGCCUCAGUACGCAAGCACGGACAAGCGGCGUAAAAUGCGCCGCACCGAGCUGAAGGUGAUCGAGAUAUCGCUGCUCGGUAAUGGUAGUAUCGAUAAUUUGACACUUUCGACGAGUGAACACAUUAGUCAUUUUUAUGAUGCAGCCGAAUGGUUGAUUCGGCACCAAGAUCCGAGUACUGGUGGGUGGCCAAUACCGGUGCGGCGUAAGCUAGGAUCUGGAUUUGGCGAGCUGGCCCGCGGUUGGUACUCGGCAAUGGCCCAAGGACACGCGAUAUCGCUCCUGGCGAGAGCAUAUUAUCAUUCUAGAGGAGAUAAGCGAUAUCUAAGAGCAGCACUGGACGGGUUGAAGCUGUUUCGGAUACCAUCGUACCAGGGCGGCGUAUUGGCUACGUUCCUGGGCAAGUACGCGUGGUACGAAGAAUACCCAACGACACCACAUUCGUUCGUGCUGAAUGGGUUCAUCUAUUCGUUGCUUGGACUGUACGAUCUGAACUCAACUGCACCCGCCAAUCAAUCGAAUGAGGCGGCAGUUCUGUUUGAACAGGGUAUGGCUAGUUUGAAGAAAAUGUUGCUUCUGUACGAUACAGGCUCUGGCACGAGCUAUGAUCUACGACACUUUACUCUUGGUAUUGCACCGAAUCUAGCCCGCUGGGACUACCAUGCAACGCACGUGAAUCAGCUGCUGCUGUUGGCCACAAUCGACCCGGACCCGCUGAUAUCGCAAACGGCGGAACGGUGGAAAAAUUAUAUGGUAGGCAAGCGUGCUCCGCACAACUAA